ACGACAAUCUGGCACGUUGUAAAUUCUGAGCCGUCCCCAAGGUAGGAUGGGACAAACCAAGACAGCGGGACGAGAUCAGACGAGACUCGCCGCCACGCCAGCAUCAAGGAGCCCAAACUGUUUAUAAUGGCGCCUGCGUGCAGUACUGAAGGUGAGGUGAAGAUCGGGCACCGCGUUCGAUGCUUCUUUGACGUUGAAAUUGACGGCAUCCCUUCGGGGCGCAUCAUCUUUGAGCUGUUCAACGAUGCCUGUCCUAAAACCUGCGAGAACUUCAGAGCCUUGUGCACUGGUGAAAUGGGAGAUGGACAGACCACAGGCAAGCCUCUGUACUACCGGGGGGUCAAGUUUCAUCGGGUCAUCAAGGACUUCAUGAUCCAGGCGGGAGACUUCUCAGCCGGCAACGGGACUGGUGGAGAGUCUAUCUACGGGGGACAGUUUGAAGAUGAAAACUUCGACCUUCACCACGAGGACCCCUUCUUGCUUUCCAUGGCCAACAGGGGGAAGGACACCAAUGGCUCACAGUUCUUCAUAACUACCCAGCCAGCAACGCACCUAGAUGGGAAGCACGUGGUAUUUGGGCGAGUGGUGAGUGGACAGGAGGUGGUGGUGGCCAUCGAGAACCUUCCCGUUGAUAACCGAAGUCACCCGCUGCAGCCAAUAGUGAUUUCCAACUGUGGGGAGCUGGUGUUACAGCGCACCAUCAGAGCCAAAGCCGAGAAAAAGCGUAGGAAGAAGAAGGAAGCAGAGUCCUCAUCGGAGUCGGAUUCUGACGAUGACAAGAAGAAGAAGAAAAAGAAGAAGAAGAAGAAAGAGAAGAAGCAGAAACACAAGAAAACUGAAAGCUCCGGCGAGGAAGGGGAGGUGAAGGACGAUGGCUCGGAGGCUGGCGGGGAGACGGUAGGCAAGAUGCGUAGUCACCCCUUGGUUUCUGUGUCUAUUAUUAACCCUGAUGAGAUCCCAGAUGUGCCCAAGAACCAGUUUCUCUACCGCGCCGGACCUGAGAACAACGACGAACUCCGGGUCGAGAGAAAUAGGGACCGGACUCGCUCCACUGUUCGAGCCUUCACCAAGAGUGGCCGCAAGAUCAAGGGCAGAGGCUCGUUGCGCUACCACACCCCUUCCCGGUCUCGCAGUCGCUCCCGCAGCCAGACACCGCCACACUGGAGGCAGGCCCAGCGCCGCACCAUUCCCUUUGACCAGUUUCAGAAAUGGAAUGAGGAGAAGAUGAGGAGGGAGCAGGAGCGCCAGACAAGGCAGCAAGAGCGGGACCAAGAGAUGGAGGAGCGCCGCCGCAGGAGAGAGCAACGCCACUGGGAUAAUGAAGAAGGCGGAGGCAAGCCCGGGGACGGCAUGAAGUACGGCGGACACGAGAGAGAGCAGGGCAUGAAGGGAGACUGGCGGGACAACAGGGACAGAAUGAGAAGGGACACAAGGGAGGGACGGCCACAGCAGCGAUGGAGGAAUGACAGGAACAGGCAGCGUGGCGACCAUGAUUGGCGUGAGGCCCAGGAGAGAACCAGGGCUGAGGAAGAUGCCCGGGAAGGAAGAAACUCAGACUGGAAGGGGAACAGGGAGGAAGCAGGACCCAGGCACCAGGACCUGAGGGAGAAGCUGCAGACCCAGUGGGAGAGAGCUGAGGGUGGUGGCGACAAUCAGGGAAGGAGGGGACACAAACAGAGCCAUAACUCAGAGAAGAAUGAUGUCAAGAAAGAUCAAAAUGACCAGAAAUCCAAGCAGAAAGAAAAGCAUGACGACUUUGAUGAAACUGCUCUGGACUACGAGGCCGUGGACUACGAGGAGGAGGAGGAGGAGGAAGACGAGGGCAAGAAAAACACAGGAAAAGGGACUGACAAGAACAAGGGCGGACACAAGGCACCAGAAGGCAACGGAGUGGUGAAGGAGGAGGAGAAGAUGAGGAGCGAGGACCAGGGAAAAGGGGCCGUCAUAAUGAAAGAAAAGUCUGGCUCGGCUGAAAAAGGUCACUCCCCGAGCCAGAGGGACAGAGACCACAAUGAUCGGCACAGGGACAGGACGAGGGACAAACAGCGCCCGUUCAGGGACAGGCCGGGUCGCAACUGGGACGUCGGCCGCAACAGGUCCCGGGAGAGACGCAGUAACAGAUCGAGAGACCGCAGAAACCGCUCCAGGGACAGAAGAGACCGCUCCAAGGACAGGCGAGACCGCUCCAAGGACAGGGCCAGCCGGAGGGACAGGUCCAGGGAUAGAAGGAACAGGUCCAGGGACAGGACCCGCGACAGGAAGCGCCACCGCUCAGGCUCCAGCAGCAGCAGCAGCAGUGCAGCGAGCGCGGCGCUUUCCUAAUGGGUGGUUUGUAGAUUUUAGAGUUAAUGGUUUUGUGCUUGUGUGUGUGUGACGGGCGGGGUCGCUGCUUCCAUGGGUGAUCUCUUCCCCUCUGGGAGUUUCCUUGUACCUUAAGAGUCUUUGGCUCCCUCCUCCUGCUGGCUGCAGGAAGUGAAGCGUUACUGAUGAUCAUGAAGGGAAAUCAGUUCCCAUAAUGUACAGUGCCUACUGACCAGCAUUCUUUGUGAAUGUUAUCUGAGCUAAUACAGUGCCAGCUGCCUU